CGUCAAACGUCAGAUGAGCCAGCAGUUUUUAAAACCGAAUCAUUCAAGACUUUUUCGCUAAAAAUCUCUGCAAUUAUGGCAAAUUUUCAAUCAGUUGGAGGUCCAUUUUGGUCUAACGGGCCUGCGCCGGGGCAAUUUUAUCAAUUUCCGGGUCAAACUGUUACGCCGCACGCAGAACCUGAACGCAAACAUGACGGCGGAAUGAUUACAACGGGAACUUCGGUAAUCGGCAUCAAAUACAACAACGGAGUCAUCAUCGCGGCAGAUCGUUUAGUCUCCUACGGAAAAAUGGCUCGUUUCCAAAAUGUCGAUCGUGUCUUCAAAAUCAACGAUCAAUGCAUCAUCGGAGUCGGAGGCGAUUACGCUGACUUCCAAUUCAUUAAACGACACAUCGAUCAACUCAUCAUCAAUGACGAGAGUUACGGGGACAACAACAAACUGAAGCCGAAGUCACUUUUCACGUAUUUAACUCGCGUUUUUUACAAUCGUCGUUGCAAAAUGCAACCAUUGUGGCUUGAUGUCAUUGUCGGCGGCAUGGAAAGUAACGAACCCUUUUUGGGACACGUAAAUGUUCGCGGAAAAGCGUACACGAGCAACUGCAUUGGGACAGGAUUCGGCAAUCAUCUUUCUAUUCCGUUGUUCCGUGAAGUUGUCGAGCAACCAAAUGCGAAUAUAACGCAAGCAAAAGCAGAGGAAGUUGUUAAAAAGUGCAUGGAAGUCCUUUAUUAUCGGGAUUGUGUCGCUUUUCCGAAAUUCUCACAGGCUAUUUGCACUGCGGAAGGCGUAAAUGUGAACACUGAGAUGGCUGUCGAUCAAAAUUGGCAAGUUGCUCACAUGAUUCGUGGAUUCUAAAAAUAUUUUUUUUGUAACUUUGAAUAUUAAAAUAAAAAAAAACUUAAGAAAAAUGUAAAAGUUGUUAUUGAAAAUUAAGUUUACAAAAAAAAUCGAACUAAAAAGUAUAAAAAA